GGGGAGGGAGCAGAAGCAACGGCGCCGGGGAAGGCGCUCGGCUUCCGGGCUCCGUAGCCGAAGCCCGGCGCGGGUGGGUGUUUGCUUCUGUCAGUGCCACGGUGUCUCCUGCGGCAGGCUGAGCUGGGUAACCCGACUUGCUUCGGUAGCCGAUCCGAUCCCGCUGCCCGGUCACUCGCAUGCAGCCCUCACCCUGGAGCGGAGGCGGCGGAUCGAAGAGCUCUCCAGAUCCUCCCGGCAGCGGCUGCUCCAGUCCAGGGACAAGAUGUUCUCCAAGUUCACCUCCAUCCUGCAGCACGCCGUGGAGGCGCUUGCACCUUCCCUUCCAUUGCAAGAAGACUUUGUUUACCAUUGGAAGGCAAUUACCCAUUACUACAUAGAAACAUCAGAUGACAAAGCUCCUGUGACUGAUACCAAUAUUCCAUCACAUCUGGAGCAAAUGUUGGACAUUUUGGUUCAGGAAGAAAAUGAAAGGGAAUUUGGGGAAACAGGGCCUUGUAUGGAAUAUCUGCUACAUCACAAAAUCUUGGAGACUUUAUACACCUUGGGCAAGGCUGAUUGUCCUCCAGGCAUGAAACAGCAGGUUUUAUCUUUUUAUACUAAACUUCUGGGAAGAAUACAGCAACCUCUUCUUCCACACAUAAAUGUUCACAGACCUGUGCAGAAAUUAAUCAGACUUUGUGGCGAAGUCCUAGCAACACCUACCGAAAAUGAAGAAAUCCAGUUCCUCUGCACAGUUUGUUCAAAGUUGAAGCAAGGUCCAUACCUGGUUAACUUUUUCCUUGAGAACAAGCAGAAAGGGUUGGCUUCAAAAGAUGCAGCAAACUCAGUCACAGAAGACAUGGUAAAAGGGCAAGAUUCUGGGGUGACAGGUGCAGGACAGUCCAUUCAGUCUGAAGAAACAUCAAAUAGGACAAAGCAAGCAGAGAAAGAGAAUGACCUUCAGCAGGCAGAAGAAGUGUCUGCAAAUCUAGUUGAAUUAAACAUCCCUUCAUCUCCAGAGGCUGUAGCUGUUCGCCCACAUGGGGACUAUAAUUUGGUGAAUUCUCUGCUCAAUCUCACCAAAAGCCCGGAUGGCCGAAUAGCAGUGAAAGCUUGUGAAGGCCUCAUGCUUCUAGUGAGUUUGCCUGAGCCAGCAGCUGCCAAGUGCUUAACACAGAGUACAUGUUUAUGUGAACUGCUGACAGAUAGGCUGGCCUCUCUCUACAGAGCCCUCCCUCAGUCAAUGGAUCCUUUAGAUAUCGAAACAGUCGAAGGCAUUAACUGGGGUUUGGAUUCCUACAGCUACAAAGAAGAUGCAUCUGCUUUCCCAGGGAAAAGAGCUCUGAUUUCAUUCCUAUCCUGGUUUGAUUACUGUGAUCAGCUCAUUAAGGAAGCUCACAAGACAACUGCUGUUGCCAUGGCAAGCUCAGUGCGGGAGCGUUUUUUCAUUGGCGUGAUGGAACCUCAGCUAAUGCAAACUUCAGAGAUUGGAAUUCUUACUUCAACUGCCCUGUUGCAUCGUAUCGUUCGUCAAGUCACAUCCGAUGCCUUAGUUCAUGAAAUGGUUUGCUUUAUCCUUGGAGAGCAGAGGGAGCCAGAAAAACUGAUGGAUGUCAACAGGCACCCAUUGCGACAUCGUUUAAUUGAACACUGUGAUCACAUUUCAGAUGAGAUCAGCAUAAUGACCCUCAGAAUGUUUGAACAUCUUUUGCAAAAGCCUGUUGAACACAUUCUUUAUAACCUGGUUCUUAGAAAUUUAGAGGAGAGGAACUAUACAGAAUAUAAACCACCCUGCCAAGAAGAUAAAGAUGUGGUAGAAAACGGGCAAAUAGCAGGAGCAGUAGACCUGGAAGAAGAUCCUUUGUUUACAGAUCUUUCUCCUGAUACUAUAUUGUCAAAUCAAGAGUGGCUUAGUGCUUCACCACCUACAACCCCAGAUCAUCCAAAAAAUGAUGGGAAGACUGAAGUCCAUAAAAUUGUAAAUAGUUUUCUCUGUCUUGUACCAGAUGAAGCUAAAUCUUCUUACCAUGUGGAAGGAACAGGUUAUGAUACCUACCUCAGAGAUGCUCAUCGACAAUUUCGGGAUUAUUGUUCCAUAUGCUUACGAUGGGAAUGGCCAGGAUCUCCUAAACCUCUGGAAAAGUGCAAUUUAGAAGCUGCAUUCUUUGAAGGACAUUUCUUGAAAGUUCUCUUUGAUAGAAUGGGCAGAAUUCUUGAUCAGCCAUAUGAUGUCAAUCUACAAGUCACAUCUGUAUUGUCAAAGCUCUCCUUGUUUCCACAUCCACAUAUUCAUGAAUACCUUUUGGAUCCCUAUGUAAACCUGGCUUCUGGGUGCCGUUCUCUUUUUUCAGUAAUUGUUAGGGUUGUUGGGGAUCUCAUGGUACGGAUUCAGCGCAUACCCGAUUUCACACCUAAACUUCUACUGGUCAGGAAGCGUCUUCUUGGUUUAGAACCUGAAGGGCCUAUUGUUGACCACAUGACAUUACUUGAAGGUGUGAUAGUAUUAGAAGAAUUUUGUAAAGAGCUGGCUGCAAUUGCAUUUGUGAAAUACCACUCUUCAUCAACACCAUGAGCAGCAAUCUUGGGUUGUUCAAAUUUCAUAAUUAUUUAGUGCUUCAGUCAGAAAUGGCUGAUAAAUCUUCCCAGGCAAGAAAGCAAAAAAGCAAAACAUUGGCAUACAUUUAGAAAGUUUAUAUGGGACACAUUCAAAUAGUAGAAGUGCUUUCUUCAUUCAUUGGCAGUGGCCACUUGGAAAUGCAAAAGAGACAUCAUCAAUGCAAUCCAAGAGAUAUUGGCCAAAAAAAAAAAAGUGCAAGCUUUGAGAGUUACACAGAUUGGGACUUUAGUUAAAAUAUUUUCUUUUAAUAACUUUUUGAGAAGUAGGAUAUUUUAGGGUUCAUAGGCUUUAAAUAAUAGUUUUUGUCUCAUAGCUAUGGUGUGUUUUAUCCCUUUAUAUAAAAACCAGUAAGCGAUUAAAGCAUUUCAAAAUAUUUCAGGCAAUUAAAGGAAAAAGAAGAGGCUGCAGACAUAUACAAAAACGAGAUUUUCCCCCGUUUUCUUUCACAUUCUUUUAAUACUUUCUCCCUAGUAAUGCCCAGUUUAAUGCAAGUUUUAUUUGAAUACUUGUUUAUUAUCUCUUGUUAUGCUACAUAUAAUUUUAUUUGUCUUUGAAUUGGAGUCCUAUAAUAUUAGAUCCAACUGUCCAUUUGUAAGAAUGGCAAUGGGCUUUUUAUAUGAUUGUUUGGCUGAGACAUAUUUUGUGCCUUGAUUAUUGAAAAUACAUAAGUUUGUGCUGUUAAAUUACUUCAUUAUCCGGCUAACUUGAAAGGCUUACAUCUACCACAAGGGAUAAUUCAUAGGUUAUUUAGAUUCAGAAUCUUUGCAGACUGUUACAAAUGGAUUGGCUUGUAGAUUUGUGAUGUUACUGUUUGCAACAGGAAUUCAUUACAAGUCAGAGAAAAGAGCUCUUUAUUUUGGUGUUCAGUCAUUGAAUAGGCUAGCAUACCAAAUAAUCUAGGGUAGAUAGAAGAUGAGAACCAAAUGUCUCUAUUAUUCUUCUCUUCUGGUAUCCCAUGGCCUCAGAACUCAGAAUAAGUACAUUGUCCAUCCUGCAUAAUAUUUUUAUUGGUUUUACUCUCCAUGUGAAAGAGUUGGGGUUGAUAGACUCAUUAAACGGGGACCAUAUAAACUGGUCCCUUUAUAUCACUUUUCCUUUAUUUGUUGCAACACCAUGAGUACAACAAAGUCAAAUUUAAUCCCAAAGAUUUCUUCAAUUUAAAGUCUUGGGCAUUUAAUGUAAUUUUAAAGUUCUGCUUUCAUAAUAAUUUCCUUACAUGAUUACUAACUAUUUCAGAUAUCAUUUGGAUUGGUGUAAAUUUGGUUGGUUUUUUUGUUUGUUUGUUUUUGUUUUUAGUGCACUGAUUGUAUUUUAAGUAAAAUACAAUACCUGCUUGGUCAUAAUGUUACAGAAAUUUGCCAGAGAUGACCACAGAUUGUUGGAAAGCAGUGUACCUUUGUACUUAAAUGGCUUAAAUGUAGAGAUUUACAUUGGGAAAAUUAAAACAAUGUUAAAAGCUGUCGAGUAGGGCUGCCUUGAUUACAGAAGAGAGCUAAAGGAGUAGAUGUCAAGAGGUACUCUCUGUUUGUUAAGAUACUGCCUCUUGACAUUCAGAGGGGUAUUUUUUAAUGCUUUUUUUCAUGAACGUUACUGAAUUUGGCUGUUACAACUAGAAAAAAAUAGACUCAGGAAAUAAUUUUUUAUGGAAAUAGAUCUAUCUAUAAAGCUUUUAGAAUUGUACAGGUAUCAUAAGUAAUUGAGUAAGAUUGUUGUUGUAGAUCUUUUAAAUAUAGUGGCGCUUGAGUAAAUGCCUGCAAAUUAGCCACAAUCUUAAAUUCUGGGUAGUGUUCUUGAGACUUAGGGAAAUACUACAAUUUGAAUGCUGUAGCCAUUUUAUGCAAUGUUAGUACUGUACUUUUAGCUGAAAAGUAUAGUCCAUGUUGUCCAGAUAGAUGAUACUGGAGUCUACAGAAAGUACCCCAAAGUAAGCAGAAAGAUAGCCCUGUUUUGCUAUUAGAAAGGUCCCAGAAAAUGUCUAAUAUUAAAAUUGUGUAUGCCAUGCACAUUAAGGAAAUUCACUAAGUACUAAAUAUGUUCAUUUUGCUAGUAAAUUCCUGAAAUAUUAAGGAAUCAACAUUCUCCUGUAUUCUUUAAGACUUACAGCGUAGGAUUUCUUUGCCAUAAUAUGCAUUUCAAAGCUAGGGAAAACUUUAUCUAUUCUCUAGUCACUGAGUUGUUUUUAUGUAUCCAUCAAUUUUAGAAGCAACUUCUUAUUUUUGUAAAAGGUUGGAUUUUCCUUCUGAAAUGGAGCUCUUUUAAUCUUCUAAAUAUUCUGAUUUUCAUGCACUUUUGUUUUAAAGGCUAGUUAUUUUCCUCCUAGAAUUGGUUGAAUUAUGCAUGUCAUAACAACCCUCAGCCUGAAGAGUGUUUGUUGUGUGUGUGCAUACACGUAUAUAUGGUUAUUUAUUAUUCACACAGGUGAACAUAACAAUCCGUUCUACAGAAUUACCACUAGGUUUAAAGUGGUUAGAGGUAACUUUUUGGUACUUGUUACCAUUACAGAUACAGCAAUGUUUAUAUACGUGAAUGGAUGAAGAAAGCUGGAAUUGUAUGAUUCUGGGAUAUGGGUCUAAUUUUAAUUUUUAUCCUGGAUGCACAUUUAUGUAAAUAAAGGCACCUUUUCAUCUUUCUGUUACUGUAUUUUAAUUUUAAUUUAGUUUCUGAUGUUGAAGCUGUUGUAAUAACAUGAGAGAACUAGUAGGAUAGCUAUUUCUCCUUAAGCUAUUAUUACUAUAAAUGUAUUGGUCUAGUAAUCAUAUCUUUUCUUUGAAGCAUUCUGAUACUAUACUGUAUUCAUUGGUGCAAUUUCAGAGUUGUGAUGCAAGGUACAACUUCAGGCUGGUUGUACAUUACCUGUUUACAUAUGUAUAUUUGUAUAUUAAUGGACUAAAACCUAGUAUUUUCUUGCAGUAUUACCAGGGCAAAGAUCCCAACAUUGUACAAUCAUCAUGGUAUUUCUCUAAAAAUGAAUGUCAGCUUUCUAGGAAUUGCUGAAUCUCUGUCAGUCAUUAACUAACAUCCUCAUUCAACUUGUCAAGACAAACAGUGCAAACACUGUGUUUUCAUUGUUCUCAUGGUAUGAAAAAAUUGGAUUACUAUCAUUUAAUAAACACAUCAGCAUACUAUGAUUAAUAUUCCCUAUGCUGUGUUGCUUACUGCUAUAAACAUUUCUCUCCUCCUAUCCAUCCAUCCAUACACAUGAGUUGAGUUUUUUUCCCUUGCCUCCUAUUUAUAUUAAAUGUAAAAUGUCAAGCCCUUCCUAUUGGACUUUGUCUAGUCUGAUGACACUGUUUGCCAAAGUUUAAUAGAUUCUUGAGGAACUGUUGGAAUUACCACAUUAUAGAAUAAUUAUAACUUAUGUCAAAAGAUUCAGUUAAAAGACUUUUAUGUUGAAAACUUGCAUGAAGGAUUUAAAAGGGAUAUUCAUAAAAAUAAAGUAAUGUAAUUUAAACAA